CCACAAGGCAGCGCGCCGGGCCGACGCGGCCGGCUCCGGAGCCCUUUGUGAGGGCGGCGGACGACGCCAGACGGCGGGACCAUGAGCGGCUCGGGCGGGGCGGCGGCGGCGGCCGUCAGCUCCGCGCCGCCCGCGCAGGACGAGGGCAUGACGUGGUGGUACCGCUGGCUGUGCCGCCUGUCGGGGGUGCUGGGGGCCGUCUCUUGCGCCAUCUCAGGCCUCUUCAACUGCGUCACCAUCCGCCCUCUGAACAUCGCGGCCGGCGUGUGGAUGAUCAUGAACGCCUUCAUCCUGCUGCUCUGCGAGGCGCCCUUCUGCUGCCAGUUCAUUGAGUUCGCGAACACGCUGGCUGAGAAGGUGGACCGGCUGCGCUCCUGGCAGAAGGCUGUCUUCUACUGCGGGAUGGCCGUCAUUCCCAUCGUCAUCAGCCUGACCCUGACCACGCUGCUGGGCAAUGCCAUUGCGUUCGCCACCGGCGUGCUGUAUGGACUCUCCGCUCUGGGCAAAAAGGGCGAUGCGAUCUCCUAUGCCAGGAUCCAGCAGCAGAAGCAGCAGGUGGACGAGGAGAAGCUCACGGACACCCUGGAGGGGGAGCUGUAAUCUUGGUGUCUCCCGGCCCUGGGCCUCCGCCCGCAGCAAGAAGACUGGCGGUGACAGCGGGCAGCCUCCAGGGUGACCCAGGCCGCAGGGCUGGAGGCAGGGCGGGGCUUGCCUGGUCCUGCUCCUCCCAGCCGGCUCGGCUCAGCUGGAAACAUGCUGCCGAGUGCAUUUCCGGACGCCCACCGCCAGCGGAGUCCCCGCGACCUGCUGAAGGCUUGGGUGGGGCUUCCCCCACAGAUGCUGGGCCUGUGCCGAGCGGGGAGCCAUGUCACCCUGGGCCCGGGCAUUGGGCAGAGUGAGCCUCCACUUGGCUCUCCAGGCAAGAAAGUAACUUGUAGGCUGAGUCAUCUGGGCCCCCUCUGUCUACCUGUCAUCGGGACAGCGGUGCCGUGGCCCAUGCCCAGGCACCUACCACUGCCCAGGUUCCUCCCCGCCUCUCUGUUCUCCAUGCGAGCCCACAGCACUCCCGAGAUGCUUCCUGAGUGUCCAGAACAGCCACCUUGGCAGUGGCUGGACAGCCAGGGACUGCUCCCUCCCCCGGUUCCCCGGAAGCUUGCACAAGCCGUCCAGCAUACUUCUGGGUUCUGGCCUGGGCCUCCAGGUUCUCCCUCCAACCCGCAAGGCCCUGGUGCUGAGGAAGUGAGGAGGGUAGGCUCUCCUUUGUCCUGUGGGUCUGUUUGUCCAUCUUUCUGGUGUGGUCCUGCCACGUCAGCCGUGGCCCAACCGAGUUCAUAGGGCUGAGUUCAACCCACCAAUAUUGCUGCCGGCCUACCCCCCGACCCUGCCUUCGGGGAGUUUCUUGCCUUUGAGAGCUGGGCAGAGACCAGAGCUGCCUCCACCACCAUGAGCUGUACCCGGACCACCUGGGAGCAAGGCCUGUGCGGACGGUGCGAGGAGGCGGCCCUGCCUGGGCUGUGCGCCAUCGCCCCCGGCCUCCCUCCACGCCAGCAUUCCGGUGUCCCAUGCGUGUGUCCGCCUCGGCCCGUGGACGGCUCUGCUCAAGGGACCAGCCCCCAGCCGCUAGGCCUGUCCGAUGGGGCCUGGCCAAGCCCGGGCGGCAGUGGGCACAGAUGGGUUGGUGUGGAAAAGGUCUAGCUCUGCUCUUCCUUCUCCCAGGACCCUAGCUGUGCCAGCUCCCAGCCCUGAGCUCCGCCCCAACCCUGCUUUGUUCAAAGCAGCCCUAGGGCUGUGUCCAAAUCCUUGCUUCCCGGAGACAGCUCCCCUCGGGGGGGGGGGGGGGCGCUGUGCUUGUCAGUGUUGGACCGAGGGAGGGACAUGUCACAGGGCUUCUGCUCAGCAGCGGCCCUCAGCGGCCUUCCAGAGAGCCCACCAGGCUGAGCCCCAGGGCACAGCAGCUGGCCGGCCUGGUGGGACACGUGCCUUCAGGGGUCCCCUGGGACCACCUUUCUCAAGCAAGCGCUGGGUUCAAAGGGCUCUGGGUUCUAUACUCUCCAGGCGGGUGGGGGUGUGCGUGUGCGUGUGUUCUGCGUGUGCUACAAGACCUGUCUACCUCCCCAGAGGAGCAAGGGCCCUGCCUGCCCCUCUUGGCUCAUUCUUACCGAGGCAGUGGGAUGCGGGGGUCACUUCUGCCCAGCCCUCCUGACCCCGCUGCACAGGCCUUGCUGGCGGGGCUUCCUUCUGCAGGGGGAGAGGCUGGCUGUGUCCAGGAAGGCUGCACCUCUACCCCAUCAGGUCGAGUGGGCUCUCGAGGCAGGCGCAGACCCUCCAGCCCGAGUCAUCGGCCGGGUCGGACCUGUCACGUGCCCGGGGUUCCCAGCGAGCCCGGCGAAGCAGUCUCAGAGUAGUGACCCCAUCCCUUAGUGUGGGGUGCCGCCUCACAAGGAACAUCCGUCCGGGUGGCAGAAGGGGCCAGACCGCCCGGUUCUGUUCCCGCCUCCAUGGGUCUGGACUCUGUCGUCUUGGGGUCCUUGUUUCUCGCAGUGUUCGGCUUGCGUUUUGAGCAAUAAAGCUUGGUGUAGGCGCACCCUC